AUGGCAAGCAAAAGUGGCGGUUAUCAUAUGUUAGAAGAUUUGACAAUUGCGAUUCUUUUGAAGCUGCCUGUGAAAUCGCUUAUGCGAUUUAAAUGUGCGUGCAAAUAUUGGUACACCCUCAUUAGAAGUUCUACAUUUGUUAAGAAGCACCUCCACCAUCAAGGCAACAAUGCUCGUCUCCUUGUUCAUCAUUACAAUUAUAGCACUGAAAAAUAUUCUUUUGCUUUGUUCCAGGAUGAAACACUUGCUUGCUUUCCCCUUUUAUAUUACGAUGUUGAUGAUGUUCAGAUACCCAAGCACCCAAAUAUUUUUGGUCACUGUGAUGGCAUGCUUGGUGUUUGCGAUUGUGAUAGCAUAGCUCUAUGGAAUCCUGCUACAAGAGAAUUCAGUUUCCUUCCUAUGCCAGACCCCAACAUUCCAUCCAGAUUUAGCGUUUUCAACAACAGAUUUGGAUUUGGGUUGGAUCCCAUAACCAAUGAUUACAAGGUGGUUUGGAUCCGAACGUAUUAUUUUUCUGAGGAAUAUGAAAAUUAUCAUUCUGCAGUUAUUGUAGUAUUUUACCUAUCUACGAAUUCUUGGAGACUUUUUGAAGCUGAUUUGUCUCGAGUUGCUUACGUGCAUGAAUCUUUGUGUAGCACAUGCUUGAACGGAGUAUAUUAUUGGUUGACUAGUAUGCUUGAUAAGCUUGGUUUGCGAACUACAUAUUAUUACAAUGCCAUCCUUACAUUUGAUUUAAGUAAUGAGGUUUUUGGAGAUAUACCAGGACCUCGUGAUAUUCCUGUAGUAAAUUCGGGGAAUCUCAUUAUAUACAAUGAUUCUAUUUCUGUGAUGUGUUUUGAUCCACGUGAGGUUGAGAAAUAUGUUGACAUAUGGGUGAUGAAGGAGGAGGGUUGUUGGUCCAAACAAUUAACUAUCGGACCCCUUGUAGAUGUUGACAGGGCACUUGGGUUUUGGAAAAAUGGUGAGCUUUUCCUAGAAACUAGCACUUCAAAAUUAGUAUUAUACAACCCUAAUACCCAAGAAAUUAAAGAUCUACAACAUCGUGGACUGUACAAUAGCCUUAGGAUAUUUAUGUACAAGGAGAGCCUCGUUUCAAUUAGAGGAGGAAAUGAAUGCUGGAAAGGAGAUAACGUGUUGAAUACUGCUUGA